AUGUCGACACAUGUGUCAGCAACUCCGCCAGCAACCAACGGCGAAUCCCACGCGCGGGGUCCUCAGGGCAACACAUCUUCCGGAACGAUGGCUACACCAGCACCGACCGUGAAUCGCAAGAAGCAGAAACGCCGACAGAAGCAGGCCGCCCGCCUAGCUGCGGAACAUUCCCACACUUACGCUCCCGGAGAUGCGGCGGACUUGCUCGCAACCGAUGACCACCACUCAUGCGAUGACCACCACGAAUUCGACCAUGCAGAUCACCACAGCACAGUACCGAGCGCCAACUACGGAUAUGGAGCCUCACACUUACCCCGCGGAUCUAUGACGAAUGACCCCGAUGACGACCAUCUUGCCGGCGAAAGAUCAAAGAGGAAGAAAAAUCGAAAAGGUCGAUCUGACUCGCAAAACCACGCUGAUGGCAGCUCAACACCGCUCUCUACCCAGUCCGCCACAUUCUCUCACCCUCCACCGCCUCCGCAAGCUCUACCCUACAUCAGUCGGUUCACCGGCAAACCCAUUAAGAAUAGCAGCAUCUGGAACCAAUCCUCUCUGGAGGAACGCGAAAACAUUCGGACUUUCUGGUUUGAAUUGGGCGAAGAGGAGCGGCGACAGCUUGUUAAAGUGGAGAAAGAUGCUGUUCUGAAAAAAAUGAAGGAACAGCAAAAGCACUCAUGCAGCUGUACAGUAUGUGGGAGGAAACGCACCGCAAUCGAAGAGGAGCUUGAAGUUCUGUACGACGCAUAUUACGAAGAGCUCGAACAGUAUGCGAACAACAACCAAGGCGCCUUCGAUGAAGGAGCUCCUAUUAUCCCUCCACCUCGACUUUAUAACUCAACUCUGCGAUCACCCGGGCAGCAUACUCGAACGCACGGCCAAUUUCACCCAUCACGGAGCCGAGUUCAAGAGUUGCACGAAGAUGAAGAGGAGUUAGAAGAGGACUACGAGGAGGAAGACGACGAAGAAGAAGACGACGACGAAGAAGAAGAAGAAGAAGAAGAAGACGAGGACGACGAGGAAGAGCUUUACAGUGACGAGGACCUCGAGGAUGACGAGGCUCGUGCAGCGCGAGCUGACUUCUUCGCGUUUGGGAAUAGCUUAACCGUUAAAGAUGGUAUUCUCACGGUUGCGGAUGAUCUCCUGAAAAACGACGGCAAGCAUUUCAUCGAUAUGAUGGAGCAAUUGGCUGAACGGCGAAUGCAACGAGAAGAAGAUACCCAGUACGGAAUAGCUGCUGCCCAUCAAUCUUUCCACGGACAUAAUCACGGUCCAUUGGACGAUGAAGAUUAUGACGACGAGGAAGACGAUGAGGAUUAUGACAGUCAAGAGGAGGAAGAGUUCGACGAGGACGAAAUGGAUACCAUGACCGAAGCACAGCGCAUGCAGGAAGGGCGGCGAAUGUUCCAGAUAUUUGCGGCUCGCAUGUUUGAGCAAAGGGUCAUGACAGCAUAUCGCGAAAAGGUCGCCGAACAACGCCAAAAGCAACUAAUUGACGAGCUCAUGCAGGAGGAGACGCUGAACGAGCAAAGGAAUGCUAAGAAGGCCCGGGAAGCGCAGAAAAAGAAGGAUAAAAAGAGGUUACAGAGACAAGCCAAGGAAGAGGAGAAAGCGCGCCGGGAUGCCGAGAAAGCUGCCGAAGAAGCCGCCGCCAAAGCUGCCCAGGAGAAGAAAACCGAGGAGCAACGACUGAAGCGAGAGGAACAGCGCAAGAAACGUGAGGCCGAACGGAAAGCUCAGGAGGAGGAGCGCGCCCGCAAAGAAGCUGAGAAGCAACGACGUCUCAAGGAAGAAAGAGAGCGGCAAGCCGAAACCGAGCGCAAGCAGCGGGAACAGAGAGAGGAGAAGAAAAAGCGAGAUGAAGCCAAGCGCAAAGAGAAGGAAGAGCGCGAGUUGCAGGAGAAGAAAACCAAAGAGGAUCGUGAGCGCAAGAUGCGUGAGGAGCAGGCACAGAAGGACCGAGCCGAACAGGAACAACGAGAGCGAGGUGGAAAGCGCGAGUCGAAGACUUCACCACACUCUUUCGGCACUCACCCUUUCAACUAUCCGCCUCAGGUCCCUCCCGGCUUCCUCCCCUCUCCUCACCAUUCUCUGUCCUCGCCAAUUGUUCCUAAGGACUCAACUCCUGGAAGGCCACGCCAAACAUCUCAUCACGGCUCUUCUACAUCCUCCCCUCAUUCUAACCCUAACAGCGCGGAUUCGUCCCACCAUCCCUCUAUCUCCCCCCGGUCCAUGGCCCAUCCGCAGUCGGGAUUGAACUUUGGUGGCAGACAAAGCUACCCUCAGCCUCCUCCAUUGCAUCACCCUCAGCCGUCCGCUCCUCUUUCACCUCUCGGCCGAGGCUUCCCAAGCCUUGGUGGCUUGUCGUCCAACUCUCCUGGAAUACCAGGAAUGACUCCGCGGUCAAGUAUUCCUCCAGAGUCGAUGUACUCACCAAAUGGUGCAAUGAUGAAUCCUUUGCGAGGCUUUCCCGGUCCUGGUGGAAUAGCUGCACCCCCUGGUAUGAACAAUAUUCGACCCAUGCCCCCAAGCCGAGUGUUCCCGUCUGAUCCCGGACACGGCCUCGGUUUCACUGGCCAUGGUGUUCCCGGUGGAUUCUCUCUGCAACAAGGUGGCAUGCCGAAGACCCAUUCCCGACAACAUUCUACCUCAUUCGAUCGCUCUCCGUUGGAUAAUGGUUCUCAGCCAUUCCCCAUCACACGCCCUAGCCCUAUCAAGCGCCCAUCCAGUUCCGCCCAAGACGUGCAGAACAAUGGCAAUGCCUCUGUGCAGCGGGAGGUGGAUGGUCUGAGUGCUCAUCUUGGCAGCAGUGCGCUCCUUGAUGAUACUGAUGCUACUUAUCCGUCGAACCUGUCUCAGUCAUUACCCGGUGCUCCUGCUCCUGGGCCAUUCCCAGGGCCGACAAGAGCCAGCUUCCAAGGGUCAUCAUUAUUCUCGGAUCCGCUGGGAUCCCCGCAAAAUAACUUCCCGGUUGGCUCUGCCAUAGGAAAUAACACAUGGGGUCCGCACUAUGGAAGUUCCCCCUUCACAGGUGGUUCUGCUACAUGGGGAGCACCAGCAGCUGGGACAGGAUGGCCUCACAAUAAUGCUUUUACAGCUGGCGCACAUCACCGUCCUCACACCUCUCGACCUGUUACAGUCCGUCUUCUGGUUAUUCAAGCUUGCAAGCACCUCAACAGCAUGAUGAGCCCCCAAAAGGGUGCUGGACCUUUCCAUGAUAUGAACCUUGUUCUCGCUCAAGUGGAAAACCUGCGCCCCUUGGGUGAGCCAUCAAUCUCGUUGGACGAGAUGCUUGAUAUUUGCGAUACGGAGGGCAGCUCCCAGAAUGGUGGUGGCUCUUUCUCCAUCAAAGAAGACCAGAAAGGCAGAUAUGUCAGGUUCGAGCCUGAUCUCAACAGUGCAGCUUCUGGUCACAGAGGUAGCCUCGUUCCCGGUGACAUCGGCAGUCCAAUCCCCAGCAACAGUCACCCGGCCCCAUUUGGUGGAUUCGGCGGAGCACCCUCAGUACUGCGUCAAUAUUCCUCGCCCUCGGCUGGAGUUUUCGGCGGGGCUUCUCUAUCCUGA